UUUGUUGCCUCGAUGAGUGCAUAUGGAAGCGUUUCCGCGUACGAUCCAGAGAGGCCGAGUGAGGCCCUGAGUGCCAACGCCGACGACUGGAUGCGUGGUCCUCCAAUCUCUUUGGAGGAGACGUCAGCAGUUGCGCUUCAAACUCUCGACCGACCGCUCGUCGAGGUCGAAUUGCGAGGUGGCCGCUUCUUUAUGGAAUCCAAACACCUGGGCCACCAAUACUACCAUAUGUAUUUAUAUCGCGCGAAGGCGCUACGUCCCGUCAUCAAACAGCGGAUUCUUGACCUGAAGAGCGAUUUUUCGCUCAUUCAAGAGCGGAUUUUGAACCUGACGUCCCACACAGAUGUCUAUGUUAUCGGCACGAUCGUCAAGAACAUGGCCCACCGUCCUAGCGUCUUGGAUGAGUACAAAGCGACGAACAUGAUCCUUCAAGUGUCCAUUAAGCAGAACUUCAUCAGUAACGACGACCAGUUGUUUCUUGAAGACGAGACAGGUCGAGUCAAACUGUCUGGCUGCACGCUUUCUUCCUCUGAUUUCUUGACUGGAUUGGUGGUGGGCGUUUUUGGCAAAAUAGCUGCGGAUGGAUCCUUCGAAGUCAAGCGCAUCGUCGUGCCUGGAAUGCCAUUACAACCGCCCGUUUCCGGACUGACUUCAUGCCGGUCGUUCGUUGCCUUUCUGUCUGAUCUCGGCUUCGGCGAUCCCAACUCUAACCCGUUGCGCAAUCAGGUCUUGGCGGACUAUCUGAACGGGCAUUUGGGAUCGGCUCAGGAGCUCAAGUUUUUGUCUAAAAUUGUUCGCGCAAUUUUGGUCGGAAACGUCACUUACCGAGAAGAAGAAAAAGCGGACGUUCAAGUCGCCUCGAAAUCCUGCUUGAAAAAAACGGCCCAAACCGAAAAAUUGCACCUUCAAACCACCUUGGCAGAACUAGAUGAAUGGCUUUUUGCUCUGUCUUCAACUUUAGAUGUGGAUGUCAUGCCCGGACCAAAUGAUCCCAGCAACUAUUCCUUCCCUCAGAGACCCCUGCAUCCUUGCUUCUUUCCCACCGCCACCAAGAACCCUACUCUACAUCUCGUCACAAACCCACACGAGGUCACCAUAGAUGGCCUCUCACUCCUCGGCCACUCCGGACAGCCCUUCGAAGACGCGCUUCGCUGUAUGCUUUUUCGCGACGCCGAGGCCGCGGAAGCAGAAUUCUUACAAAAAACGCUCGAGUGGCGACAUAUGGCUCCCACUGCUCCAGACACUCUGAGCAGCUUUCCUUUUGCUUCGGGCGACCCGUUUGUCAUAGAUCGCUGCCCGCACGUCUAUUUCAUGGGCUGUUGCAAUAAGUUUCAAACAAAACUCCUCCGAGGGGCAGAGGGUCAGCGAGUCCGACUCCUCGCCGUACCAUCUUUUCGAGUUACCAAGACAAUCGUGCUUAUGGACCUCGGCACUCUCGAGUGCUAUCCGAUUCGCCUUGACAUCAGCUGA